GUGCGCGGCGGGCCAAUGGGGAGCUGCCACACGGCGGAUCCGGCUGCGGGGGCGGGACUUCCGGUGCUGCGGCCCGGGCCUCUUCAGCCGCCGCAGCCGCCGCCUCGCAGGGAGGUCGCUGCUGUCUCCGUGUCUACCUCCGUCUCCUCCGUCGCCGCCAUGGCUCCCGCGCCGCUCGCCCCCGCGCUCCUGCCGUUGCUGCUGCUGCUGGGCCCGGCGCGCGCCUCCGACGUGCUGGAGCUCGGCGACGCCGACUUCGACAGCGGCCUGAGCGCGCGCCCCGGGCUCGUGCUCGUCGAGUUCUUCGCGCCCUGGUGCGGACACUGCAAGCGGCUGGCGCCCGAGUACGAGGCGGCCGCCACGCGGCUGAAAGGCAUCGUCCCCCUCGCCAAGGUUGACUGCACAGCAAACUCAAACACCUGUAACAAAUACGGGGUCAGUGGCUAUCCCACCCUCAAGAUCUUCAGGGAUGGUGAGGAGGUGGGCGCCUACGAUGGGCCCAGGACAGCUGAUGGGAUUGUCAGUCACCUCAAGAAACAGGCGGGCCCCGCUUCCGUGGUGCUCAGCUCUAUGGCAGACUUUGAGAAAUUCACCGGUGACAAAGAUGCCUCUGUGGUGGGCUUCUUCAGAGAUGCAUCCAGUGAUGCUUACUCAGAGUUCAUGAAAGCAGCCAGCAACCUCAGAGACAACUACCGCUUUGCGCACACCAGCGAAGAGGACCUGGUGCAGAAGUAUGAGGAUGAUGGAGAGGGACUCCUCCUGUUCCGGCCCCCGCACCUGGCAAACAAGUUUGAGGAAGCGACUGUGAAGUACCCAGAGGACAAGAUCACUAGCAGCAAGAUCAAGAAGUUCCUACAGGAGAACAUUUUCGGCAUCUGCCCGCACAUGACAGAAGAUAACAAAGACUUGAUCCAGGGGAAGGACCUGCUGGUGGCAUAUUAUGAUGUGGAUUAUGAGAAGAAUGCCAAGGGCUCCAACUACUGGCGCAACAGAGUAAUGAUGGUGGCAAAGAAGUUCCUGGAUGCUGGCCACAAGCUGUCUUUCGCUGUUGCAAGUCGGAAGACCUUUGGCCACGAGCUCUCGGAGUUUGGCCUGGAUAGUAGCACGGGCGAGGUUCCAGUCGUUGCCAUAAAAAUGGCCAAGGGAGAGAAAUACGUUAUGCAGGAGGAAUUCUCGCGUGACGGGAAAGCUCUGGAGAGGUUCCUUCAGGACUACUUUGAUGGGAACCUAAAGAAAUACCUGAAAUCGGAGCCAAUCCCCGAGAGCAACGAUGGGCCAGUGAAGGUGGUGGUUGCGGAGAACUUUGAUGAAAUCGUCAACGCAGAGGACAAAGACGUCUUGAUAGAGUUCUACGCACCCUGGUGCGGCCACUGCAAAAACCUGGAGCCCAAGUACAAGGAGCUGGGGGAGAAGCUCAGCCAAGACCCCAACAUCGUCGUAGCCAAGAUGGAUGCCACAGCCAAUGAUGUGCCUUCUCCAUACGAAGUCAGGGGCUUUCCCACCAUAUACUUUGCUCCAGCUGGGACUAAGCAGAAUCCAAAGAAGUACGAGGGAGGCCGAGAGGUGAGUGACUUCAUCAGCUACUUGAAGCGGGAGGCGACCAACCCGCCAGUGCUGCAGGAGGAGGAGAAGCCCAAGAAGAAGAAGAAGGCAAAGGAGGAUCUGUAAGGGCCACCUGCCAUGGUGUCCAAGAAUGAGCUGUGUGUGCAUUGGGGAGGCCGGGGCCGCCGGCGGGUGGAGCCAGCGCCCAGUGCCAACGGGCUGAGGGACCCAGCUGCUGUACCUAGUUGUUUAUUUCUUCUGCCCUCUCUUAGCUGCACUGUUGGGCUGCCCCGGGUGGGGUGGGGGUAGGGUUAUUUUCUAAUUUUUUUUGUACAUUUGGGAAAGCGGAACAAUAAAAGGAACCCCCUUUAAACCCA